AAUAAAAAAAUAAAUAGAAACACAGGGAGACGGUGGGGUGGAGUACAGGAAGCUGCUGAAACAUGGGAGAAAUCUAACAUCGGCACAAACCACACAGCUUCAUUCUUUCUUUCUUCCCAUCACUAAAACCAGAGGCUGCAGGAAGAUUUGUGAUAUUUUUUUCCUUCUUCUUCUCGGAUUGAAUUGGUAGAUUUAACGAGAAGAUGUCGCGCGGAGUGAUCCAGCCCAGCCAGCAGAAGCUGGCAGAAAAGCUCACCAUCCUCAACGACAGAGGCAUCGGGAUGUUGACCCGUGUUUACAAUAUAAAGAAGCAAGGACAAGUUUGGAAGGCGUGUGGCGACCCCAAGGCUAAGCCCUCCUAUCUCGUUGAUAAGAACUUGGAGUCUGCGGUUAAAUUUAUUGUCAGGAAGUUCCCCGCUGUGGAGACACGGAACAAUAACCAACAGCUGGCUCAGCUGCAGAAGGAAAAGUCAGAGAUUCUGAAGAACCUGGCGCUCUACUACUUUACCUUCGUAGAUGUCAUGGAAUUCAAGGACCACGUGUGUGAGCUGCUGAACACCAUCGACGCCUGCCAGGUCUUCUUUGACAUUACGGUGAACUUUGACCUGACCAAGAACUACCUGGACCUGGUGGUGACGUACACGACUCUGAUGACGAUACUGUCUCGCAUAGAGGAGAGGAAAGCCAUCAUCGGACUGUACAACUACGCCCACGAGAUGACGCACGGCGCCAGUGACCGGGAGUACCCACGGCUGGGCCAGAUGAUCGUGGAUUACGAGAACCCUUUGAAGAAGUUGAUGGAGGAGUUUGUUCCUCAUGGAAAGUCCCUGUCUGAUGCACUGAUCAGCCUCCAGAUGGUGUAUCCCAGGAGGAAUCUGUCCGCUGACCAGUGGAGGAACGCCCAGCUGCUCUCUCUCAUCUCUGCCCCCUCCACCAUGCUCAACCCUGCACAGUCGGACACGAUGCCGUGUGAAUACCUGUCACUGGACGCCAUGGAGAAGUGGAUUGUUUUUGGCUUCAUCCUGUGUCAUGCGGUGCUGAACAGCGACGCUGCGGCGUUGUCUUUGUGGAAGCUGGCUCUGCAGAGCUCCACCUGCCUCUGUCUGUUCAGGGACGAGGUGUUCCACGUCCACAAGGCUGCAGAGGACCUGUUCGUGAACAUCAGAGGGUACAACAAACGCAUCAAUGACAUCAGAGAGUGCAAAGAACAGGCCCUGUCUCAUGCAGGCUCGAUGCACAGAGAGAGACGCAAGUUCCUCCGAUCGGCUCUGAAGGAGUUGGCCACUGUUUUAGCCGAUCAACCUGGACUACUAGGUCCUAAGGCGUUGUUCGUGUUCAUGGCGCUGUCGUUUGCACGUGACGAGAUCAUCUGGCUGCUUCGACACGCAGACAACAUCCAGAAGAAAAGCACAGAUGACUUCAUAGACAAACACAUAGCAGAGCUGAUCUUCUACAUGGAGGAGCUCAGAGCUCAUGUCAGGAAGUACGGCCCGGUGAUGCAGCGAUACUACGUCCAGUACCUGUCCGGCUUUGAUGCCGUGGUGCUGAAUGAACUGGUGCAGAACCUGUCUGUGUGUCCAGAGGACGAGUCUAUAAUCAUGUCUUCAUUUGUCAACACUAUGACUUCUCUCAGUGUCAAACAAGUGGAGGAUGGAGAGGUGUUUGACUUCAGAGGACUAAGGCUGGACUGGUUCAGACUGCAGGCCUACACCAGCGUCUCUAAAGCCAGUCUUGGUAUCGCCGAUCACAAGGAGCUCGGCAAAAUGAUGAACACCAUCAUCUUCCACACAAAGAUGGUGGACUCUCUGGUGGAGAUGCUGGUGGAGACGUCGGACCUGUCCAUCUUCUGUAGCUUCUACAGCCGUGCGUUUGAAAAGAUGUUCCAGCAGUGUUUGGAGCUUCCCUCCCAGAGCCGACACUCCAUCUGCUUCCCUCUGCUCUGCACACACUUCAUGUCCUGUACACAUGAGCUCUGCCCUGAGGAGCGGCACCACAUCGGGGAUCGAAGCCUGUCGUUGUGCAACAUGUUUCUGGAUGAAAUGGCCAAACAGGCCAGAAACCUGAUCACUGACAUCUGCACCGAACAAUGUACACUCAGCGACCAGCUGCUUCCCAAGCACUGUGCGAAAACCAUCAGCCAGGCGGUGAACAAGAAGAGCAAGAAGGCGACGGGGAAGAAGGGCGAGCCGGAGAGAGAGAAACCGGGUGUGGAGAGCAUGAGGAAGAACAGACUACUGGUCACCAAUCUGGAUAAACUCCACACAGCACUUUCUGAACUCUGCUUCUCCAUCAACUAUGUUCCCAACCUGGCGGUCUGGGAGCACACGUUCACACCGAGAGAGUACCUCACCUCGCACCUGGAGAUCCGAUUCACCAAGUCCAUAGUGGGGAUGACUAUGUACAACCAGGCUACCCAGGAGAUAGCCAAGCCCAGCGAGCUGCUGACCAGCGUGCGGGCCUACAUGACGGUGCUUCAGUCCAUAGAGAACUACGUCACCAUCGACAUCACCCGGGUGUUCAACAACGUCCUCCUGCAGCAGACGCAGCACCUGGACAGCCACGGGGAGCCCACCAUCACCAGUCUGUACACCAACUGGUACCUGGAGACGUUGCUCCGUCAGGUCAGCAACGGACACAUCGCCUACUUCCCCGCCAUGAAGGCCUUCGUCAACCUGCCCACGGAGAACGAACUGACUUUCAACGCUGAGGAAUACUCCGACAUCUCCGAGAUGCGUUCGCUGUCUGAGCUGUUGGGGCCGUACGGUAUGAAGUUCCUCAGCGAGAGUCUGAUGUGGCACAUCUCAUCACAGGUCGCUGAGCUGAAGAAACUGGUGGUAGAAAACAUGGAGGUGUUGACCCAGAUGAGGACGAGCUUUGACAAACCAGAACACAUGGCCGCCCUCUUCAAGAAACUCACCUCUGUGGACAGUGUGUUGAAGAGAAUGACCAUCAUCGGAGUCAUCUUGUCCUUCCGCUCCCUGGCUCAGGAGGCCCUCAGAGAUGUGCUAUCCUGUCACAUUCCCUUCCUGGUCAGUUCAGUGGAGGAUUUCAAGGACCACAUCCCCAGAGAGACGGACAUGAAGGUGGCCAUGAAUGUCUACGAGCUGUCGUCAGCAGCAGGUCUGCCCUGUGAGAUCGACCCGGCUCUGGUGGUGGCUCUGUCCUCGCAGAAAAGUGGUGAGACGCGCAUGCAGAAAGAGAACAUCAGUCCAGAGGAGGAGUAUAAGAUCGCCUGUCUGCUGAUGGUGUUUGUGGCCGUUUCUUUGCCGACGCUGGCCAGCAAUGUGAUGUCACAGUACAGCCCCGCCAUAGAAGGCCACUGUAAUAACAUCCACUGCCUGGCCAAGGCCAUCAACCAGAUCGCUGCUGCUCUCUUCACCAUCCACAAGGGGAGCAUAGAGGACCGCCUGAAGGAGUUCCUGGCUCUGGCUUCAUCCAGCCUGUUGAAGAUCGGACAGGAGACGGACAAGAUGACGACGCGUAACAGAGAAUCUGUCUACCUGCUGCUGGACAUGAUUGUGCAGGAGUCUCCCUUCCUGACCAUGGACCUGCUGGAGUCCUGUUUCCCUUACGUCCUGCUGAGAAACGCCUACCACGCCGUGUACAAACAGAGCAUCAGUGCUAACGCGUAGACGCUCACUAAACGCACAGCGAAGGCCUAACGUGCCGUCUACCGUCAGAGCGUCGGAGCUCGUAUUUAGACGCACACACGGCAACAAAUACACACUAACGGCAUACACUAAAUACACACUAAACUAUGCCUACAAUGCCUCAAUGUUAAUAUUCCGACAAUACAAAAAGCAUCCGCGUGUGACAUGUACACUAAAAUGUUGACACACUAAACAAGUUCUCUCUAAAUACAGAACCAAUACACUAUAAACACCAAAACAACACAGAAAAACUCCCACAAUCCAGUGCACAAAGACGAGGAGAAGACACUGACAUUACGAAAUGAACAAAAACACACACUAGCUGGAUGAAGUCGGGGGAUCGGUGUCUUUAUUUUAAUCAUUGUACUUUUUCAUUGACGUUGCCAGGGACCACAGCAACACGUAAUAUACCAUAUGUUUGGUUGGUAUAAAAGAACAAAAAUAUAAAUAUAUAGUAUAUAUAUAGUUGACACUAAAAUAUUUUUUUCUUCUUUUUUUCUUCUUUUUCAAUGAAAGAUUUGAGCUUUUUAGUGUCCAGCUGACAAACUUCUAUGUGGUGGUGGAUUUGGAUGCUUACUUUGGGAAUGCAAAUGAUGUGAUGUGGACUUUUAUUUUGUUGCUUUUGCGGAGGAAGAGUUCCUGUGUUGAUAAUGAAAGACGUGUUGCUUGUUAAUGUAAGUUUACAUACUUCUCUACACACUGACAGACAUCCUAAGCAGAUAAACUACAAACUAACACUUCAUAGUGAACACACACACACACACACACACUCUUGUAUAACAUGGUGAUGUUUUUCUUUCUUUCUUUUUUCAAGCUAGUCGUAACUUGAACUUUUUGUGGGUAAAGAUAUAAUAUCUGUAUUCUACUUUGAUGUGAACUGAACUCGUCUUUUUUUGAUGUUUUUGUUAUUUUCACGAUGAUGACUAUUUUGCCAAAUGUGUUGACACUAAAAGUUGUGAAUCAGGGCUUGGAAGUGUUUGGGUGUUAAUGGGUGAAAAAUAAAUGCCAUUUUUAAGUGUCGGGGGCGGUUUGGACGAUGAGACGGUCUGCAGGCAGCUUGGUUAACAGAACGGGGGGGGGGGGCGGCGUCACACAAGAACUUCUUCAGCGGGAAGAAACUUUAAAAACAAAACACAAAAAGUACUGCGGUAAUACUACGGUUUAUACACGGAGCAGCCAGAAAACCUUCAGUAUGCUGCAAAUAUUCCUCACAGCUGUUGUUAGUCAACUCUCUGAUUAAGUAAAGGUCCAGUAGGUGCUACUCUUUUCUUUUUUCUUUUUUGUAAAGUAGAAAUGAACAGCGAUGAUAAUUUAUAAGUUCUCUUUCAGAAUGAGUUCUGCAACUUCUGGCUUCUGAAAAGAGGAAGACAUUCUGCUUUUCUGUGUUUUUUAAUUUUUACAUUUGCAGUCUUGUAGUGCUGGCUACCAACAGGCCCUACUGAACCAGCCGUGGUGGUGGGGGCGGGGGAUAGUGCCUUGCUCAAAGGCACCUUAACAGCAGCUGUUGAAGGUCCACCACCUAGUGUUUAACUUUCAUAGGAGCAAUUCAAUUAACCCAUUCCUCCACAGCGAAACAAGUAAAAUCCUAAUUGAUCUCAGACCUGUGAACGUCUACAAAAAAACCUGGAGCUGCAAUAAGACAAUAAAAUAAAUGUACAUAUAAAUAC